UUUCCCGUGUGUGUUUAGCCGGAAGAUGGGAUGGGCGUGUGUUAGGGGAGGGAGAGAUCACAGACAGCUGGACUUGCUGCGCCUUCCUUCUGCCUAGUGCCGGUCUUAGGCUAAUGAGACCUAUUGGGCCCAAUCUGUCCCCGUGCCCAUGGGGGCCCCCACCAUAGCAAAAUCUUGCAAUUGACUUCCUCCCGCAUCAAACGAUGUGCGUGCAGUAACCUUAACAGAUCUCUUUCUUUAGUCGGAAGAGCCCACCCCAAGGGGCCAUGUCUGUUUUCUUUUCUUUGUUUUUUCUAUCUGGACUGCUCAGCUUGAGUAGACUGAGGGGGUGGGGGUUUGAGCAAGUAUGUGGUGGAGAGGUGGGAGAAGGAGCAUUCCUUAGGUCCCCUGUGUGCCCUCAGCUAUGGGACAGAUGACAGCCAAUCGCUGGCAGGGAAAAAGGCGCCAGUAUAUGUUUGCUUUGUCCAGUACUAACAGGCAGCAUGAAUGGGAGACGCUGGUGGCUGAUGCUGCAGAUUCAUUCUCUUCCCCCUUCCCCCACUUUCACUGCAGAAAGAAUGCUGGGCAAAAAGGGAAGCCAUUUGAGCUGGCAGUUGAUGCUGGCUGUGGGACAGGGAGGUCCACUCGGACUUUGGCUCCAUAUUUCCAGAAGGUGAUUGGAAUAGAUGUUAGUGAGUCCCAGUUAAGUGUGGCCAGAAAAUGUACCUCAAAUGAGAACAUCUCUUACCAGAUUUCCCCAGCUGAGGAGCUGCCUCUGGAAGAUGCAUCAGUGGAUCUGAUUAAUGCAGGCCUUGCUGCUCAUUGGUUCAAUCCUGAGAAAUUUGGACAGGAAGCAGCUCGGGUGCUUAAACAUGGAGGCUGUUUGGCCUUACAUUCUUUUUCAUUGGUAUUUGAGAUUGAGUAUAAGGACAAGUCAGAGGAACUAACUGCUGCCUUUAGUGAGGCUUGGAAAAUUCUCUUUGAAUUUAAUAAGAAAGUUGAUGGUGAAAUGAAGGCUAUGUAUCAGGAAUUAUUCAGUGCCAUACCAUUUAAAGAUAAGCAAAGGAUCAACGGCAUCCGUGAAGUAUUUUUCUUAACAGUCUCCGAAAUAAUGAGUUUCCUUCAGGCAAUAUGUUCGUACAAGAAGUUCCUAGAGCAAGACAAAGAUAAGGCCACAGCAUUUCUACAAGGUUUAGAGAAAAGGUUUUUAGAUAUAUUGGGUGAACCUGCCUCUGAUGUUCGUCUAGGAUUUCAUGUAUAUUAUUUCUGUCUUCUUGCAUCCAAACCUUGAAUUGCCUUCAACUGUCAAACCUGCACCAUUAGAAGACUGAGCCAUUUUUUUAGCAAAGUUAUUACAGCCUCUCCAUUAUUAUAUCAGCACAUGCACAUGUCAGUUCUCUUUGUGUAAAAAAACAUAAAAAUCUCAGACAUUAAUAAACCAACAUAGCA